UUCACCUCAGCGUCUCACUGUGUUCUGAUAUCUCCGACUCACCUGUUCGCUCUGAAGGUCUUCUCCAGACCGCCUGUUCUCCAUUUCUCCAUCUCUGCCUUCACACCCACAGCUCUCCUCCACCUUCCCUUUCCUCCUCCACCAUGAGCCUGAGUCGCACCAAGCGAAUCAGCUCCGGGUCCUCUGUGCGGAGCGGGGGGCUCGGGGGGGCCUCUGGUAGACCGAGCAGCUUUGGCGGCGCCUCUCUGAGCGGGGGCUCCAUGUACGGGGGGGUCGCUGGGCAUCACCUCGGCACCGGGCCUCAUCGUGGCUUCGGGGGGGGCCCACUGGCCGCGCUGUCCGUCAACAGGAGCCUGCUGGCCCCCCUGGACCUGGAGAUCGACCCCCGCCUGAGCACCAGCAGGGCCCACGAGAAGGAGCAGAUCAAGAGCCUCAACAACCGCUUCGCCACCUUCAUCGACAAGGUACGUUUCCUGGAGCAGCAGAACAAGAUGCUGGAGACCAAGCUGGACCUGCUGCAGGGUCACGGGGUCGGCCGCUCCAACGUGGAGCCCCUCUUCGAGGCCUACAUGGCGGGUCUAAGGCGCCAGAUGGACCUGGUCAACAACGACAGAAGCAAGCUGGAGGGGGAGCUGAGGAACAUGCAGGGCCUGGUGGAGGACUACAAGCACAAAUAUGAGGACGAGAUCAACAAAAAGAACAACCUGGAGAACGACUUUGUGAUCCUGAAGAAGGACGUGGACUCGGCCUACCUGGUGAAGGCCGACCUGGAGGACAAAGUUGGAGCUCUGACCGACGAAAUCAACUUCUUACGUAAUGUCUACGAGGAGGAGCUGCGUGAGCUGCACGCCGGCAUCAAGGACACGUCGGUCGUGGUGCAGAUGGAUAACAGCCGCAGCCUCAACAUGGAGAGCAUCGUGGCCGAGGUCAAGGCGCAGUACGAGGAGGUCGCAGCCCGCAGCCGGGAGGAGGCCGAGGCCUGGUACAAGAGCAGGUUCGACCAGAUGUCGGUGCAGGCGAGUCAGUACGGAGACGAGCUCCGCGUGGUGAAGGCCGAGGUCGCAGAGGUCAAUCGGCUGAUCGGACGCCUGCAGAGCGAGAUAGAGGCGGUCAAAGCUCAGCGUGGCGGUCUGGAGAACCAGCUGGCUGAGGCUGAGGAACGAGGAGAGCUGGCUGUGAAAGAAGCCAAAGCUCGGACCAGAGACCUGGAGGAAGCUCUGCAGAGAGCCAAGCAGGACAUGGCCCGACAGCUCCGAGAGUACCAGGACUUGAUGAACCUGAAACUGGCUCUGGAUAUCGAGAUCGCCACCUACAGGAAGCUGCUGGAGGGAGAGGAGGACAGACUUGGACAUCAGUCCAUCCUGAACAUCCAGAAUGUCUCCAGCUACAGUACUAAAAGCACCAACGGUUACCACGGCAACGGUGGCUCCCCCAUCCCGAAGCUGCUGAUAAAGACGACGGAGACCAGAGACUGCUCCAGAUACAGCUCUCAGUGAGAGGACGUUCUGGACCGCUGUCCUUCACGUCCUCUAAAGCACCACUUUACACUUAUAUUACGCUAAAUGUAUCUGACAAACAGAAAGAAACAAUCAAUUCCUCCGAUUAACCAGCAGUUAUUGUGUGUAAUAUUAACGUAUUAGUAACAUAGUUUAUGUAUUAGUCUGUAGCCAUUUUUACAAACAAUAGUAUGACAUUUGAAAAAUAAUCAACAGUUAAAGUAAAAACCUGCUUUUACAUAAAUGCAUGAAUUAUACUGAAGUAACAUUUAACUGUACUAGAGUACUU